AUGCGCUUUGACAUUGUGACCAAUCCAGUCGAUGUUAUCAAAAUCAGAAUGCAGUUAGAUAAUGAACUAGCUAGUCAUGGUAAACUUGAUGCUCUCAAGAACAGAUAUUAUCACGGAUUUGCUCAUGGUGCUGUGGUGGUUUAUAGAGAAGAGGGCUUCAGAGGAUUGUGCAAAGGCCUAGCUCCGUCAAUGUUACGAGAUGGGCUGUACAGUGGAUUUAGAAUGGGAGCGUAUGAACCUAUAAAAGUAUUAUUUGGUGCUACAGAUCCGGCGCAUACUCCGUUAUGGAAGAAAAUCUGUGCUGGUGCUAUUGCAGGUGCUAUUGGAAGUUCAAUAUGUACACCAACAGAUCUAGUUAAGGUUCGACUUCAGGCGCAACGAGUUCCUAAACCUGGUGAAUCACUACGAUAUCCAUCAAUGAGGGCAGCUUUUAAAGAAAUAUUUCAGAAGGAAGGUAUACGUGGAUUGUAUGUUGGAAUCGGACCAACUGUAAAGCGAGCAGCCAUUCUCACAGCCACACAGAUACCAGCGUAUGACCACACUAAACACACCUUAUUAAACAGUGGGCUAAUGGUAGAAGGACCUAAACUACAUAUUGUAUCAUCUAUGGUGGCAGGAUUAGCUACAGCUUUAACUACUUCACCAGUUGAUGUUGUUAAAACUAGAAUAAUGAAUCAACACAGUACAGGUCAAGUGAAAUCCUAUCAUUCAGCCGUGGAUUGUUUGAUAAAAACUUUUAAAAGUGAAGGAGUUCACGGACUAUAUAAAGGUUUUAUACCCAACUGGUUGAGACUCGGACCACAUACCAUAGUGACUUUCUUUAUAUUUGAACAAUUACGACAUCGGGUUGGAAUAAGACCAAUCUAA